UGCUGCAGUGGGGCAGUUUAUAAUAGGAGUUAACCAGAGACGUACAUGUCAUAAAAGUGCUUCUACGACAGAAACCGUGACUCCUAUCGCUUAGAUUGUUCAUGAGACCAGGUUCAGUAGAGGAAGAAGUGACUGUCUGGCGCCUCCUUUGUUCAGAUUCUAUUAACCCAGUUUCUCAAGAGACCAAAGGUCAGAACAGUUCGUCAGACCAGUGAAAGACAUGGUUCCUAUUAAGACCGUCGCCGCCAUUGUAGGAGGUGCAGUAGGUGCUGUGGUCCUGGCCCCAGCUGCUCUGGGAGCAGCAGGUUUCGGCUCAGGUGGAAUAGCAGCAGGCUCUCUUGGUGCUAAGAUGAUGUCGGUUACUGCAGUUGCUAACGGAGGAGGAGUGGCAGCUGGUGGUCUGGUGGCUACUCUGCAGGCAGCAGGUGCAGCUGGUCUGUCAGGAAUUGCCACUGGAGUUGUGGCAGGCACCGGAGCAACAGUGGGAUGGCUGACUAGCUUCUUCCGCUGAAAAUCUUGAAAGAACAAGAUACAUUUACGAUUUUCUUUUUCAUUUUUUACUUUUGCCAAUGAAGGACGCAAUUGUAAAUUACAUCAGACAUUUACUAAACAUCACUUUUUGUUAUCUCAGACAACUUAAAUGUUUUGUUCAAUAAAUCGGUGUAACCUGUUAAAGAUA